AUGAGCUCCGCCGUCUGCCUCUCAUCAACCGCGCGAUAUCUGCUUCUCUCAUAUCAACACAUAUCACCGUUGACGCUGAAGCUCCACCCACCUCCGUCAUCAACUAAUGUCGUCUUUGCUUUGCUCAAUCUCACUGAUUCUCGGCAGAUAACAUCAAAUCCUUCACCGGAGACGAGUUGCAGAGGGAAUUCCAGAGGAAAAGAAGUUGCAGAAGAUUCAAAGCCAGAUUCACUAACAAGGAAGGUUGAAGAUGAGUAUUCUUCCGAAAAUCUCAGAGAGAUUCAGAAGUUGAGUUCCAAGUGGCCAGUAGGAUUUGUGUUGAAGCAGUGUGAAGAUUAUGGUGAAGAGGUAAGGUCAAACUGUGGGAUUUCGUGGAAGACAUAUGAAGAUUAG